GCGACGACAAGUUCGAAACGCGGGAAUACCUGGUUGUUCGAAACGAAUGGAGAGGAGAUAACGGAACUCGCUUCGUCCAUUAGUCGAUCGCGAAGCUGAAGAUGGGAUGCGGGGAAAAGAGAUAAUACGAAUAUCGAUGAAGAAAGAGUGGAGGGGAUUGAGCGAGAGACGAGUCGACGAGUCUGAGAAAAGAAGAGGAGAAAACGACACGCGUUCAUUCGUUCGUUCGUUCGUUCGUUCGUUCGUUCGUUCGUUCGUUCGUCCGAUCGGAAAAUUUCGCUCGAGUUUCCGAGCUCUCGAUACGAGAUAAAGUGAUGGAAUGCGAAUCUGGAUAUCUGGAGGAAAAGAGGAAUCGAGGCGCGAAUCGAACCUCUCGGACAAGAGGAAUCGAGACGAAGCUGGCUCGUAUCGGAUAACCGCACGCGCGCGGUUCUCGGAACGAUUACGAAUCGACCGUUACGGAUGUUACGAAGAAAGAUUCCGUAGGUUGUUGCGUUGUCCGUGACUCGUGAAAAUAUACGGAGAUCUAGCGUAAAUAUACGAACGGGCGGAAGGUUACGACAACAAUCGCUGAUGGGCGAACCGGCGUGUUCUUCUUUUUCUUCUUGUUCCUUUCCUUGUUGAUCGCGGCGUGCGAUCUCUGGCUACUGGUGGCGCGCCGCUACUCGCAGCCUUGAUCCAAAUUCGUUUUCCGUUGUUUUCUCGUUGCGAUCGAUUUCGGGGACGUGGAAUGUUACCCUCGAAGGGGAGCGAGAUCUCUGACGGAAGCCUCUGCUUUCUCUUUUCUAGUAAACCAUCGUGAUCGGCGACGAGGGCGAAGACGCAAACUAAGCCGAUGUUAUCGAUGGCGAGGAUAAGGAUGAGGCGAUUAUCCUCGAAACCGUUGAUCCUAGUUCUGGCCCUGGCUUUAAUCUCGUCGAUCCGUCGUUGCCACGCCUCGGAAAGUAUAAUAGGAAGCCGAGAAACGUGCGACGUCGAGGGAGAAGACUUCACCGUGGACAAGAUCCCGAACACCAGGUGUUUCAACUGUUUGUGCAAGAACGGUUUCGUCGAGUGCAGGAAACAGCAAUGCCCAAGCAUCGAAGGUUGUUACACGUUGCUGGAGCCACGGGAGGACGAGUGCUGUCACAGGUGUAAAGGUUGGGCCGAGUCGAAAGUUGUAACAACAACGGAAAACCAGACCAGAAUACACGAGAGAGGAGAUAGAGCGGAGAAAGCGAUCGCGCUCCAGUUCGGCCGAGAGUGGAAGCAUUCGGGGGCGGGGAGCAUUGUUCCUAGCGCGGCACAAAGCCGCCUUCUGUUCCUCGCGCUUCUUCGUCUGCGCCGAUACGCCGAUAAACGUUCCUCCGCUCCUCCCCGCGUCUCUCUCUCUCUCUCUCUCUCU